UCAGAACAAGCUUCGUACCCUACACCAAACUCCUUACCUUGUGUAUUGAAAAACAGCUUUUGAGAGCUUUUGUUGUAAACGAAUUGGCGGUUUAUUACGAUUAACCCCACUAAGCGUGUCAAUAACGACUUGUCAUAACAAGUGCCACUUUUUGUUAAGGUUACUUCAAAAUGCUUACUCGCGGUAAGGUCCACAAUAUUUCGGACGGAGCAAACUACCAAGACUGUGAAGACAAAGAGGAUGAUAAAGAAGAAUUGAACGACGACAAUUCUUCUGAAAAAAAUUCUUACUCUAGCAAGGAUAGGCCAAGUGAACGCAGAGAAUCAUUUCGUUCCAGUUCUGCUCAUCGAGUGAAACGCACCCCUUCUGCAGAUUGUGCAAACCGAACACCCAUUUUGAAAAAUCAACAUUCUUCAAGAUCAUCUUCUAGAAGAGGCUGUUUUAUAACAGAUGUGUCUUCAGAGGAUACUCCUUUGUCAAAACGUCAAAUGUUAAAUGCAGAAACCAAAAAAAAACGAUUGAUUCUGGUCAAUACAGUGGAAGCCUUGCAAGAAGCAGAAGCAGAAGCCAAACUUAACAGUACAGAAGAAAGCCAUGAUGAAGAUAUAAAUAUUGGAGGUCAAAGAAAAUACUCUGUUGGAGAAAGUGAAGCAGAAAAACAAGAUGAUGGUCAUGAUGGUGUACGCAGGAGCCAGAGAGCAAAGAGACAAAUCUAUGCCAAUUACAAUGACAGUUGGAUUUUUACGGAAAGAACUGUCAAGGGGUACCCUGCAAUCAAGGAAGAGGACAACACCAAAGAAGGAAACAGACGGAGGUCGAAGCGCCGUAAUCUUGUUGAAAAACCUGAAGAGGACGAGGAAGGAGAUGAUGACAUUGAAGAUGAAGAGAAUGAAAGUAGAGAUGCUCGACAAAUAAAUAUGGGACGUGGAAAAUCUAUGAAUACAUCACGUAACAAAGGAAAGAAGAAAAGUAAUGCAUCACGUUACGCAACGUCCGACAACCAGGACAUGUAUACAGAAAUCAAGAAUAGGCGCCUUCGGUCUUCUGGAACGUCGUCUAGGCCUAAUUAUUCUGGUUACAGCUCAACGGUUAUAAACGCCAAGAAAACCCCGGCCAGGAUCAAACGGCAUCGUCGUCCACAAUAUGCUUCCUCUGAUGAAUCUGAAACAAAAACCGAGACUGAAAGCCCAAGUGAAGACGAACAGGAAGAACCUCCCAAAGGGAAACGUAGGGAAGAAAUGUCAGAUCACAGCCGAGAUCCGGAUAAUGAAGAAGCUGACGUACCCGUUCCCGCUGUAGAUGGUGAAAGAGUUAAAGGGAAAUAUACUUUACGCAAGAUUCAACCCAUUGAUAGAUAUUGUCCAGUAAAUCAGAAGUCACGAAACGGAUCGCCCUCAAGGUCGCAUUCAACUCGCCACACCUUACGCAUGGCGUGCAGUCCCGCUCAUCGGGCUCAGAGGAAGCGUCGCCAAAAAGCGCAGAACGACAGUACUACCAGCGACAGCAGCAGUAGCGAUGAGGAACGCUUCGAACGGAGGAAAAACAAAAGCAUGUCAAAAGCCAGAAAUAGAUGCCUACCGAUGAAUUUCUCACCAGACGAUUUAAUGACUGGCGUAGUUAAAGAUCGUAUGAAAAUCGGGUCGAGUUUAGCUGAUGUAGAUCCAAUGAAGGUCGAUCGAGAAGUGACUUUUGAACAAGUUGGUGGGUUAGAAACCUACGUACGCAGCCUGAAAGAGAUGGUCCUUUUCCCUCUGCUCUACCCUGAAGUUUUCGAGAAAUACUCCAUCCAGCCCCCGAGAGGUGUCCUCUUUUAUGGACCUCCCGGGACUGGUAAAACGCUGGUAGCGCGUUGUUUAGCCAACGAGUGCAGCCAAAAUGAUAGAAGGGUAGCAUUCUUUAUGAGAAAAGGUGCCGACUGCCUCAGCAAAUGGGUUGGUGAGAGUGAACGCCAGUUGCGUCUGCUCUUUGAUCAGGCUUAUCAAAUGCGUCCCUCCAUAAUUUUCUUCGAUGAAAUCGACGGUCUCGCACCUGUUCGCUCUACCCGCCAAGAUCAAAUUCAUUCGAGCAUUGUAUCUACCCUUUUGGCUCUAAUGGACGGCCUCGACUCCCGCGGAGAAGUUAUUAUUAUCGGCGCUACAAAUAGGUUGGAUGCCAUCGAUCCUGCGCUUCGAAGACCUGGAAGGUUCGACCGCGAGUUUCAUUUUCCUUUACCUUCUCUACCCGCUAGAAAGGAAAUUCUAGACAUCCACCUAAAGACAUGGACUCCGGCUCCAGCUCCUAGUCUCGUACAGUACUUAUCACAGAGAACUGUCGGAUAUUGCGGAGCCGAUCUCAAAUCCCUGUGUGCCGAAGCAGCGCUAUUGGCACUUCGUCGACGCUAUCCCCAAGUUUACAAUUCUAGAGACAAACUGCUGUUAGAUUUGUCGCAAAUCAACGUAGAGCGUAGAGAUUUCGAACAGGCAGUGCAAAGAUUAGUGCCCGCCUCUCAGCGCAGUGCAACAGCAUCGGGUAAGCCACUCUCAUCAGUUAUGUCUCCGUUGCUGGACAAUCUUCUUCAACAGCUCAUCAAGACAACCCAGCUGUUGUUCCCCGAAGGAAUAGCCACUCUCAAGCUGAAAGGCCCGUUGAGCGGAAUCAAGAAGCAAACGAGUAACCAGAUUUUUCCGCGAUUACUUAUUCUUGGCGAUUGUUGUUCCCACAUCACGUCCGCCUUGCUUCACUACAUGGAACGUUUACCUGUGCAUAGGCUCGAUUUGUCGACUCUUCAUGGAUUGUCUGCCCGUUCCCCUGAAGAGGCUUGUGUUCAACUAUUUCAAGAGGCCCGACGGAAUGUUCCCGCUAUUAUUUAUUUACCCCUUGUUAGUCGCUGGUGGUUAGCUGUAGGCGAAACAGUCCGAGCCACAUUUUUAACUCAGCUCAGCGAGUUAGAUCCUGAAUUGCCCAUUUUUCUUCUUGUAACCAAUGAUACGGAAAUAGAUGGUUUACCCGAGGAUCUGAGCGAACUCUUCCACGAAGAAGAUGAAGAAAUCUUUAACACGAAACCAUUUACCGUGGAAGAGCGAAAGAAAUUCUUCCGUCCUUUGAUUCUGCAGAAAUGUUUGAAACCUCCCUUGAAGAAGAAAACUCCCAAAUCGAAAUUAGAAGUAUUGCCUUUAGCCCCGGCUCCUCCACCGCGACAGUUGAACGAAAAGGAGAAGGAACAAUUGGAGCGGAAAGAGGAAGCAACUCUGCGUGAAUUGCGCAUCUUCCUCCGCGAAAUCUUGGCGAAGAUGGCCCGCAACAAACUCUUUUACAUGUUUACCCGUCCUGUUGACAUCAACGAAGUCCCAGAUUAUUUACAAGUCAUACAAAAACCCAUGGAUCUUGAAACUAUGAUGACCAAGAUUGACCAACAUGCUUACGAGUCGGCUAAGGAUUUCUUGACCGACAUUGAACAGAUUUGUGCCAACGCUUUAGAAUACAAUCCCGACAAAAACCCCGAAGACAAAAUGAUCCGGCACCGUGCGUGCACUCUGCGAGACACAGCAUAUGCUUUAAUUAAGGCUGAGAUGGACACUGAUUUUGAAGAGCAGUGCCAAGAAAUUUCCAGGAUCCGUAAAAUCCGCAAAAAUAAAAUAGCGCCAAUCGCCGCUCCGUUGCCGUUACCCGAACCGGUCAUGCCGAACAUUACGUCGUCACUUGACAACAAGGGCAAUGGGGAAGCUUCCAAAUUGGAAAUUAAAGUUGCUAAGGCUAAAAAUAAGAAAAGUUGUUGGUCUCACGGGAUCAUUAAAAGUGCGGCAAAGAAACGGAAAGCGGAGGUCGAAAACGAAAGUCUGCUUAGUAACGAUUCCUUGAUCGGUGUUCCGGAAAAGAUACAGGAAAAUGGCGUUGAUGGCGACGUCCAAGAAGCGUCUGACUGUGAUGGCCCGCCGGAUUUGGUCGAGGAUGCCACACAGAAUGAUUCACAAGCCAGUGACGCCUUCGAUAGCCAACCCGAAAUAGAAUCUGAGGCCGUGGUGCCUCCAGCAACAGUUUCGAAGAAGUCGGUAAUCAUCAACGUCGAUGAUCUUGAAUCCUUGCUAGACGCGAUAGCCACCAAAACGGAAAACUGGAACUUGGAGAAACUGUUGCGACUGUAUUCGAAGCUGUCAAAAUUAAUUGAUCGGUACAUGAAACUCUGGGAUCGAAAGCCACUGAUUGAGGAAAUGAAACAAUUGCUGAGCACCUGUAGAUGAAGCUACAACCAGCAGAGAUAGUCACGUUACGCGGGCGGAUGAAAUGAAAUGGCGUCCCUAAAAAUUUUUACUUAUCUUUUGACCUCAGGGAAUUUCUGGGGCUGAGUUGAGUCGUAUCGCCCGGAUGCCAAAGGCAAAUUUUGGUAGUCGUCGUCCCGUCGCCAAACAUUACUAUGAAAUUUUAUUAUAAUUCUCCCUCAUGGCCUUCGAUUUUCGCAAGAUUUUUUUUUUU